CAGAUACAGAAUUGAUACUUGACAUGCAUGUGUAUCUCAUUAAGUUGCAGAUAUUCAUUUGUAACAUAACACAGUCAAGGUCAUCCUUCAAGGUCAAAUGUCAAAUUUAUUUGUGACAAGACCCUUUGGGCGCAUUGGUGUUUCAACUACAUACUUUUAUUUACCAUCGCAAGGGUUACAAUUUGACAGGGUAAUAACUAACGUUUUUUUGUGUGCAAAUUUAAUGCCCCUUUACAGGCAGACAAAUGUUGGCAUACAUUAAAGAUGAUUGAAAAUAAGCAAUCAAAAACUUCUUUAUGCCACAUCAAAGAUGUCGAUGUUAUUUCUCCUUGCAGGACAGCGUUGCCACUACAGUAAUGGUGAAUGACAAAGAGGUGAAUGUGCGGACCAUUACGGUGGAGGACCGUACUGGGAAGGUGAAAGUCAGCCUGUGGCGCAACAUUGCAGCAGAGCCUGUGGUGUUGGGGGAUGUUGUUGCCAUCACCAAUAUUGUUGUCAACAGCAAGAGAUAUAACAAUGAGGAAUCCCUGUCGUCAACACAAUUUACAAAGAUAGAGGUUACUGACAUGCCAAACACCGAGAUAACGGCCACCAUUCUAGGACUUGACCUGGGUGAUGUGGAAUCCCAGUUACUCACAGAACAGGAUGGAAUCUUCAAUGUAUCAAACGAAGUGCUAGUUGCAGCCUUUCAGUGUCAGUUGGAAGACAUUACAGCCAAACUACCAAAAACACUGAAUUUCAUAGCCAAAGGACAGUCUGUGGUCACCUUUAAUGAGUGAAAAAUCAUGUUCAAAGUUUAUAGUUUAGAGAUGUUUACUUUUUCAUACACUGGAGCAUGACAGUCUGUGGUCACCUUUAAUGAGUGAAAAAUCAUGUUCAUAGUUUAUAGUUUAGAGAUGUUUACUUUUCAUACACUGGAGCAUUCAUAGUGUUGCCUGUUAUAUAUCAUUCCAUCACCAAGAAUUACCAAACUUGCUAGCUCUUGACCUGGGUGGUGUGGAAUCAAGCUUAGUCACAGAACAGGAUGGAAUCUUCACUAAAUCAAACGAGGAUCUAGUUAUCACCUAGGAUUACCAAACUUAGUGUGAGGAUGCAUAUAUUGAAUGCAGCGUUCCACUUUCAUCAGUUUCAUGUCCUUCUGACGUUGACCUUUACAUUUGAUCUUCAUUAUUUAGAGUAAUAUUCUUGAUGAAAAUUCACUUUAAAACACACAAAAAUCUAUCUUUGUCUGUUAGAGGACAUUACCUAUCUGUCAUUGAUGUGACAGAUUGAUGCAUUAUUUGAUGUGAAAGUGGCGUAUUUUACCUAUUAUAAAAGUCAUUUGAAUUCAAUUUGAGAAUUUUAUUUCUCGUAGUUCCUGCCCACAACUGUCAAUCAUUAUGUGAACCACCAGCCGCGUUUCACAAUUUUACUUUAAAGGUACCAGUAUGAAACAAGAGCAGCAAUGUGCCAAUCAACCUCUUGUGUACUUUUUAAUUGGCCAAUUGUAAAGCACGCAACGGUUCGUAAACUAAUUUACAAUCUGGGGUGGGAAUCAUGAGGCAUUAAAAUCCUCACACUUUAUUCAUUUUGGUGUAAUUAGGGACCCCCACACAUCAAUGUGGGAGCCCUAUAGUAAUAACCCUGUUUGUCUGUCCGUCCAUUCGUUUUUUGUUUUUCUUCCAUAACUUCAGUAUUUCUUAACACAUUAUCCCCUAUGCUAUAUUUAGAUUCCGACGUCAUUUUUAUAUUUUUAGCUAACCAAAAAUAAUCUUGAAGGCAAAGUAUCGGUUUAUCUCAAUGGUUUUAAAGGCAUUAUGGGAUAUAGAGCAUUUGCUCCUAAGGAGCAAAUGCUCUAUUUCUCACAAUUUCUUCAAACAUCAGCCACAAUAAUUGUGCAAUAAUGUGUCUCUAGGAGAUAAUGAGUUAAUGGAAUUUGAUAAAACUUCAUACAAUAGUAAAGCUCAAUGGGAAGAAAUGCAGUGUACAAGAACCAUAGCUCUAAUUUACCUAAUUAUGGAGUUAUUGACCUUUGUUACUUUGUCUUGUCCGGAACAUAACUUGAAAACUACUUUAUGGAAUUUCAUAAAACAUCAUACAAUGGUAAAGUUCAAUGAUAGGAAGUGCAGUAAUUUGCUUAAUUACAGAGUUAUUGCCCUUUGUUACUUUUUCUUGUCCAGAGCAAAACUUGGAAACUACUUGAUGGAAUUUCAUAAUACUUCAUACAAUGUUAAAACUCAAUGAGAUGAAGUGCAGUGUACAAGAACCAUAACUCUUAAUUUGCUAAUUAUGGAGCUAUUGUCCUUUGGUACUUUUACUUGUCUGGAGCAUAACUUGAAAACUACUGGAUGGAAUUUCAUAUUUACUUCAUACAAUGGUAGAGCUCACUUGGUCAGAGUUCUAGUUCAAUUACAUAUUGUAGGAAAAAAUCUACCUCUUUUACUAAAAAUGAUUUCAUCUAUAACGUUUUUGGUCAUUACUUUUACCAGACGAUAUAGGUUUUUUUUCGUGUUUGAAAGAUUGAAUAUUCAUCAGCAGAAUUACUUUUAAAUCUUUGUCAGUGCAUAUCUCCUAUACUAUAUGGCCUACGAUCACCAAACUUGGCUUGUGGUUGCAUUUUUGGAUUGUGAAGUGUCAUGUAUCACUAUCAUUCUGACCUUGACCUUCACAUUCUACCUUGAUUUUCACACACCAAUUGAGUGGAGGCGUCCAUGUACCAUAAUAUGCAUGUCUACUAGUAGUUAAGUUUUAAAUAUAUAAUACUUUAGUUAAAUACAAGGAGUACAGGAAUACUCGCAUUUUAUUAUACCAGGCUUUAAAAAUUGAAUUUGCUUUUGCCAAAUUCCAGCUACAGCUGUCUGCAUUCUUUUUACAUGCUCUUGGUGACACCUUCCCUAAUUGACCACUACCUAUCUAAGACAGGUAGUUGUAUUAAAGAGUUGUUUUGCUGAAUACACUCAACAAAACUCCUAAUCGGUCACCUAGGUAAUCUUCUAAUAUUCCCUUCCCUGUACAAUAAGCUUAAUUACAAAUUAGAUUUAUGAAAAGACCAUUAUCUGGUACACAUGCUGUGAAAACUUGGUUCACGUACUACGCUUCAUCAAAAAGAUACAGUAUCUCAAAUGACAACACUAUCAAUAAUAAAAGUCACAAAAUCUAACAUAGCGUAUAAAGGAAGAAAAAUAAAAAUACCACCCUUUGUCACUUUAAAAUGAUAUUACAUGACAUGUGAGACUGAUACACAGUCACCAAUGGCUUAAUAAGUUAAAAAAAAAUGUUCAACUUUAACAUUACCUUCUAUGUGAAACAGAGACUGUGUCAAAAGAUUUUAAAAAUACAAAAUCAAUGAAAAAUGUGAUUCCCUAUGGAAUUUGCAUUGUAAUUCUUUUCCUUGUGACUUUUGGAUUAGGAGUAAUCACAUAUGAACUGUGUUUUCUCUGCCGUUUAAGCUUCGAUUUAGCUGAAAUUUUCUAAGAAUAUUGCCACGAGAUGGGGAAAAUAGAAUACUGAACUGUAUAUUGUUGACACUUUAUGCAUUUUUCAGGAAAGUUACUUUACUAAGUGACCGAUUAGGAGUUUUGCCAAGUUUACAUCAGCUGAGACAAUUUUCAAGUUGGUGGCAUUACUUUGGGUACAAUUUCUGCCAUUUAACACUUAAAAAAAGUACCCUCCAUUCAAUGCAUGACUUAUUGUCACAUGUUCAAACUUCUGUUGCUAAUGCAUGUUGCUAACUUAAUGCAUUUUUACACAAUUGUGCCCUUCAUAUAUUUUUUUUUUGCCCCCAUCUCUUAAAGAGGGGGGCCAUAUAGAUUUGCCUCUGUCCAUCCAAAAUAUUUGUUUCGUGCAUAACUCUAAAAGCACUCAUACUUCAGACUUGAAACUUCAUGGAUAUUAUUCUGGGUGUGAAUUUGUUCACCUUGGUAUUUUCAUCCAACCACAUUUAACAUUGACAGUCAAGUCAGAGUUAUGGGCCUUGAUUUAGUGAAAAAGUGGAAUUUUCACUUUGUGUCACAUGUUACUCUGAAACUAUUAGUGCUAGAAUGAUAUAACUUCAUGGCCAUAUUAUUCAGGGUGUGAACUUGUGCACCUGGGUAUUUUCAUCUAACCACAUUUAACAUUGACGAGUUAUGGGCCUUGGUUUAGUAAAAAAGUGGAAUUUUAAUAACUCAAACUAUUAGUGCUAGAAUGAUAAAACCUAAGUUAUAUAUUUAUAUCAGCCGGUAAACUUGUGCAAUGGGAUAUUUUCAUACAACCAUAUUUUGAUAUUAACAGAGUUCUGGGCCUUGAUGUGUUUGUGACCAAAUGGUAAAUGGAGGCAUCUGUGUGCUAUAGAUACAUUUCUAGUUCCAUUUGGUACCAAAUGAAAGUUGUGGGACUGCUGCAAGCAUCCGAAAUUUUCCAUGUGAACUUUAUUUCAUGUACAUUCACUUGUGUUUUUAUCUCACCUGAGUAUACAGGUGAGGUAUUGUGAUCGGUCUCUGUCUACCAAAACUGUUCAAAGAAUUCUGAUAUGUCAAAAAUAUCGCCACCAGGGUCGUCGCCAGUUUUCCUUAUACACUAUAUAGAAAACUUUGAAAAUCUUCAUCUCCAAAACUACUGGUCCAAUUACAAAAUUAUAUCCCAGAAAUGAUCCUUGGGUGGACCUCUACCAAAUUUGUUCAAAGAAUUUUGAUAUGUCCAAAAACAUGGCCGCCAGGGGCGGGGCCAGUUUUCCUUAUACGGCUAUUUAGAAAACUUUGAA